AACCCUUUUUCGACGUGCAGUUUCUUCAGGGCUCGUUCUCAGGGGCCCCUCCUGUUUAUUCCCUCAUUAGAUCAGAGAGAAAACUGCUUCACAUAGAAGCGGAAGGAGGUAAUCAGACCGAGGGAGCGAGAAAAAAAGUGGGAAAUAUUCAGACAUUUGGAAAGACCGAACUGCAGCUAGAAAACGGGAGAGGCAACAAACAAAAAAAAGCCUGUAAAAUGAAUCCUCCGUGCGCUAGAUGUAAAAAAAUCGUCUAUCCGACCGAAAAAGUCAACUGCCUGGACAAGUACUGGCAUAAAUCAUGCUUCCAAUGUGAAAUCUGCAAAAUGACUCUAAACAUGAAGAAUUACAAAGGAUACGAUAAGAAGCCCUAUUGCAAUGCGCACUACCCAAAAUCUUCAUUCACUGCUGUGGCAGACACCCCGGAAAACCUGCGGCUGAAGAAACAAAGCAAGUUGCAGAGUCAGGUUCAAUACAAAGAAGAUUUUGAGAAGAACAAGGGGAAAGGAUUCAGCGCAGUGGCCAGUACCCCUGAGCUGGAACGCAUCAAGAAAAACCAGGAAAUUGUCAGCAAUGUGAAAUAUCAUGAAGAGUUUGAGAAGAGCAAAGGCAUUUCUGCAGUAAGUGCUGAGCGGAGGAGCUCCCAUGACACCCAGGAGUACAGGCCACAGCCAGAGACAAAUCUAGGCUACCAGCCACAAGCACCUUCACACCAGGAGCCCCCGACCCAGGUCUAUAAUCCGCCUGCUGCCGCACCAUAUGCCCCUCCUCCUUCAACUGGGUUGUCAUCCAGCACAGAUGGGAGGGCCUAUGUUGGACACAAGAAAAUCUUCCCGAGAUGUGUCUCCUUGUUGGAGUUGUACUCACCACAGACUGCCAAGCUCCAACUGUCCACUGACAUGAAGGUGGACAUUUACCCAGAGUCUUACAGAAAAGCUCAUCCCCUCUCAAGUUUUACAGAAGGUGCUGUGAUGUUGGCCGGAAUGCCUCUGAAUGUUGAUACAGCUUUGCCUUUGGACAAAGUGUUUAAACUGCUGACAAAUAGGAACAGCUGUGUAUUCCCAAGACUGAUUCCAUGAUCUCUUUCCUUCAGAAACUGAUGUUUCAAGUUAUUCUGGUUUUCAGAUGCAUCAUAUUACUGCACCUUUUAACUAGUUCUUUCACUGGUACAUCUAUGAUCAAAUAGAGUGUCAGAUCACAGUAGAAUUGUGUACAGCAGAUGUUUCACCAUUGUGUAAUUAGUAAUGAAGAGAAAGUAAGUUAAAGUUUCACAGGAGAAGUGCAGAACUUCCCUUGUAAUCCAUUUCACCUUAAUGAGUUAGAAAUGAACCUUCUUGGUCUCAUUUAAUCUAAAGUGGCAUGGUAGUAUGGUAACAGAUAAUGUAACACAGUUCAAUUCCCGCUGCUGUCUGUAAGAAGUGUUACGGAUUCAAGCAACAAUAAAUAUAUGAGUUAGGCAAGGGUUUUUAUAACAAACAACACAUUUAUUAAACACUGAAAAACAAACCCCCAAAAGUAAACAAAUCACUAACGUAACCGGAAAUCAGCUGCUGUGCGGCAGCUUAAACAGUUCUUAAAGUGAUGCUGCAAAAACAGUUCUUAAAGCAAUGAAACUUAAACAGUUCUUAAAACAAUGAAGCUUAAACGGUUCUUAAAGCGAUGUUGCCAAAACAGUUCAUCAAAGUAAUUUUGCAAAAGUUCAAAAUGCUCACAGUCCAUUUAAGGGAGAGACUUUUUAAGACAAUUUAAAUUCUCUUUCACGUCGUGUUGUUUCGAUUCCCAAAUCGAACUUUUCCCACGAAGAAUUUACGUAAUGAAACGGCUUAAAGGCACUGACCUUACCUUUACGACACUGUACUCAAUCCUUUCUGCUAUUUCGCAGGGAUUAACACGAGAACAGUCAACGCAUUCCUUCCGUAUAAGGAUCAAACAAGGUCGAACCUGUUACACAGUCGAAAUCGAUUCUCCUCGAUCUUUUAACUCCCGAACUCCGAUCUUUACUCUCCACUGAUUCUCAACUAGCAGUAUUGUAAAGAAACUGCUGGCAAUGACCUUUUAAACUUUAGGCAUUAGAUAAAGCUUCAUCUUUCAACUAAACUGCGUCAUAAUAUUAAAUCACGCAGUGGCAUGAAGUCAACUUGGCAAAUCCAGCCACGAACUGCCCCUCCUCACAGGGUGGGGUCCUCCUUUUAUACCCUGUAAAAAAAACCUGUCACAUGACCUCUACUGGCGGGAAAAUGACGUCACUCCACCAUCACAAGACCAUUACCUCAAGUCCAGUAUAGCUUCAACACCUGUCACGUGACAAGAACACCACUGUCACGGGUACGUAACAGAAGUUUGUACAUUCUCACCAUGACUGUGUGGGUUUCCUCCCAGAUUCCAUAAAACAUAUGGGUUAUGGUUAGUGAGGUGCGUUGUUAUGUUGUUGCCAGAAGUGUUGUGACACUUGCUGGCUCUUCCCAAUACAAUCCUCUGAUUUGGGACUCAAGUACCAUAUCUUAUGGCAUUUCACUGUUUCAUAGAGUCAUUGAACACUACAGCACAGAAACAUCUAGUCCAUGCAAAACUGUUAAUUUGCCUAGUGCCAUCGACCUGCACCCAGACCAUAUCCCUUCCUUCUGUUUCUCUUAAAUGUUGAAAUUGAAUCCACAUCCACCACUUCUGCUGGCAGCUCAUUCCACACUCACACCACCCUUUGAGUGAAGAAGUUCCCCCUUUAUUAACUUAAAACAUUUCAACUUUCACCAUAACCUCUAGUUCUAGUCUCCCCCACCCUCUGUGGAAAAAGCCCGCUUGCAUUUACCCUAUCUAUGCCACUCAUAACUUUGUAUACCUCCAUUAAGUCUCCCCUCAUUCUCCUAUGCUCCAGAGAAAAAAGUCCUAACCUAUUCAAUCUUUCCUUAUAGCUCAGGUCCUCCAGACUCAGCAACAUCAUAGUAAAUUUUCUCUGGACUCUUUCAACCUUGUUUACAUCUUUCCUGUUGGUUGUUGACCAAAACUGCACACGAUACUCCAAAUAAGGGCUCACCAAUGUCUUAUACAGCUUCAAUAUAACAUCCCAUCUCCUGAAGCAAAGGUUUUCUUUAUGACCCUAUCUAUCUGUGAUUCUACUUUCAAUGAAUUAUGUCUCUGUAUUCCCAGAUUCCUUUGUUCUACCACACUCCUCAGUGCCCCAUUGUUCACUGUGUAAGACCUGGUUGGUCCAACCGAAGUGCAAGACCUUCACUUGUCUGCAGCAGAUCCCAUUUGCCAUUUUUCUGCCCAUCCCACUGCAAGUCAUGAUCGCCUUCCUCACUGUCCACUACACCCCCAAUCUUGGUGUCAUCUGCAAAUUUGCUGAUCCAGUUAAGCUCAUUAUCAUCCAGGUCAUUGAUAUUGAUGACAAACAGCAAAGGAUCCAGCACACCACUAGUCACAGGCCUCCAGUCAGAGAGACAACUUUCUACCACCACUGUCUGACUUCUCCCACAAAGCCAAUGUCUAAUCCAAUUUACUAUCUCAUCUUGAAUGCCACCCUUCCUCCUUUAAUCCCUUCUGCUAUGUCAUAUGCAAAACAACAGAACCCCAGAACAUUGAGCUGCCAGUCCUGCAACCAAGUCUCACUAAUGGCUACAAUCUCAUAAUUCCAGGUGUUAAUCCAUCCCUGAGCCAAUCUGCCUUCCCAAUGAUACUUCUUGCAUUGAAAUGUAUUGUCACUACAAUAUUAGUCCCCCUCCAGUUCAGGUGCAUACCAUCCAUUCUGUACAAGUCCCACCUUCCCUGAUCCUUAUACCCUCCCUCCUACAUCAACUCCUUAGCCACAUAUUAAACUGUAAAUUUUCCUAGUUCUAGCCUUGCUAGCACAUGGAACAGGUAGCAAUUUUGAGAUCACAACCCUGGAGGUCCUGCCCUUUUAGCACCUAGCUCCCUGAACACCCUUGUCACUCAUUCUACCCAUGUCAUUGGGACCUACACGGACCACAUCCUCUGGCUGUUCACCCUCCCACUUCAAAAUGCUGAGGACUCAAUCUGAGAUAUCCCAGACCCUGGCACCAGGGAGGCAGCAUACCAUCCAGAAAUCUUAUUCUUGCCCAUAGAACCUCCUUUCUGUUCCUCUAACUAACGAGUUCUCUAUCACCACAGUGUGCCUCUUCUACCCCCACCCCUUCCUUUCUGAGUCACUCAAUACCAGGGAACUGAAUGUUGUGACUUUCCUCUGUUAGGUCAUCCCCUGUGACAGUAUCGAAAGUGAUAUACGUGUCAUUGAGGAGGGGGAAUGCUCACAGGGGCACUCUGCACUGGCUCCUUAACCCCUUUCCCCUUCCUGACUGUCACCCAGUUCCCUGUGUCCUGCACCUUGAGUGCAACUAUCUCUCUAUAUGUCCUGUCUAUCACCCCGUCAGCCUCCUGAACAAUCGGGAGUUCAUCCAGUUCCAGUUCCAACUCCUUAUUGUGGAUUAUUAGAAGCUGCAGCUGAAUACACUUCUCGCAGUUGUCGUCGUCAGGGACACUGGAGGUCUCCCUGACUCCCCACAUCCUGCAACUGGAGCAUUCAGCCUGGCAUCUCUACUGAUCAAAUGUAAAGAAGGUGGGGGGUGGGGAGGGAACCUCUAUCUACAGCUUUUUUGUGUUCUCUGACUGAAGCCUUUUAGAGCUAAAGCCUCAGUAUCUCCACUCUAACUAUCCACUUUGACUGUGCUUACCCUCACCUUUAAUUUGUUCCUGCUAAACAAUCCCAAAUGGCAAUUGGUCAUUGGUCAAAACUCCAAAAAACUGCCUCGAGUUGCUGCCUUUUUCUACUCUGUUAGCAAGCCUGCAUGAAAUUCCCAGCUCUCAAACUUAUGAUCUCUCAGUCGGUUGUUGGUCAAAGCUUUGACACUCUUGUAUAAAUCAAUACUUUGAUUUGUGAAGGCCAUUGUACCAAAAGCUCUCUUUCUGUCUCUGUGAUGCCACUUUCAAGGAAUUAUGGAUCUAUAUUCCCAGAUCCCUCUGUUCUACUGUUCUCCUCAGUGCCCUAUCACUCACCGUGUAAGUCCUAGCUUGGUUUGUCCUCCCAAAGUGCAACACCUUGCAUUUGUCUGCAUUAAGUUCCAUCUGCCAUUUUCCAGAUGGUCCAGAUCCUGCUGCAAACUUUGAUAGCCAAAGGUUCAAAGGUUAAUUUAUUAUCAAAGUAUACAACUCAGAAAUUCUUCAAUUCUUUGGGUUGCCAUGAAGCCAAGAAAGAAAAGAAAGGCAGCACGAUUAUCAACUCCCAAAUCCCUCCUCCCCACUCAAAAAAAACUGAACAGAAACAGAACAGGCACAUCAACCCCCAAAUCCCCUCACACCCGCGCAAAAAAUGCAAACAGAACAGAUCAGGCACAUUGACCCCCAAAUUCCCCCUCCCUGCACAAAAAAAACCCAAAGAUGAAUCAGGCACAUCAACCCCCAAAUCUCCAACCGCACAAAAAAAAAUGGAACAAAAUUGAAUCGGGCACGUGAACCCAAAUCCUUCUUUCCACACACAAGAAAACCCAAGAUCAGGUGAAAAAAAAACAAUAUAAAAAGCAUAAGACUGAAAAAUAGAGUCUAUAGUCGGAAGUCCACAUCCAAAAUGCAGAAAAAAACUGGGCAACACUGAGCGCAGUGGCAGGCCGUCCCCGCUGUGGUACAGAGCAACUGAUCAAAAUGCAAGCAGCUGGCGGUCAUGCUCUGCAAUUGCUUGGUUGCUUUAUCUCCCUUGUUGCUUUAAUCAGUGAAAAAUGGGAGCUGUAAUUGGCGAAAUGGAGCCAAAUAAUGGCUUGCGUCCCAUCCUGCAGCCUGCCAGCUAUGAGGUUUACACUCACUGCCUCUGCUUCCUAGAAUCCUCUCAGAGACUGCAGAGUGUUGGAACACCCAAAUGAUCUCCAAACUUCUGCACUCGCUUGAUGUUUCAAUCGCCCUUGUUGCUUUAAUCGGCGCACAAUGGAAGCUAUAAUAAGCUGUAAUGGGGUCAAAUAAACUGCAGUCUUGUCACGAGUUUCACUCACGCUGCCUCUGCCUCCUGGAAUCCACUUGGAGACUGCAGUGUGCUGAACACUAAAAUGAUCUCCAAACAGCAAAUCACAGGCUCUAACAGGUCCCGAAUCACAUCAAGAUGAAAACCGUAAAAGACAUAAAAGAAGUGAAAAAGAUGGUUUCAUGAUAUAUCCAGAAGAUGUCGACCAAAGGAGCAUUGUACGCAGGCAUCAUCUUGAACGGAAGCCAUCAUCAUUGUCCUCCAACAAAUGCCCAGCAGGUAGGGUAAUGUCUGUAAGGUGACGCAAGCAGGUUGCUCUGCCUGCUUAAGGACUGUUUGGCGAUACAAUUAUUAGAACUGCUGCCAGUCUUUUGUGGACCAGGUUUCACGUUCUCCCUGUGAUUAUAAGACCCAAGAACAAAAUUAAGCUUUUCGGCCCAUCAAGUCUGUUACACCACUUGAUGUGGUGGAUUUAUUUUGAGGGGAUUUAUUUUCCCUCUCAACCUUCCAUAGAACCAUAGAACAUUACAGCACAGAAACAGACUUUUUGGCCCUUCUUGGCUGUGCCAAACCAUUUUACUGCCAAGUCCCACUGACCUGCACCUGGACCAUGUCCUUCCAUAGACCUCUCAUCGUUUUUCUUAAAUGUUAAAAGUGAGCCCACAUUCACCACUUCAUCUGGCAGCUCAUUCCACACUCCCACCACUCUCUGUGUGAAGAAGCCCCCUCUAUUGUUCCCUUUAAACUUUUCCCCCUUCACCCUUAACCCAUGUCCACUGUUUUUUUUCUCCCCUAGCCUCAGUGGAAAAAGCCUGCUUGCAUUCACUCUAUCUGUACCCUUCAUAAUUUUAUAUACCUCUAUCAAAUCUCCCCUCAUUCUUCUACACUCCAGGGAAUAAAGUCCUAACCUAUUCAAUCUUUCUCUGUAACUCAGUUUCUCAUGUCCCGGCAACAUCCUUGUAAACCUUCUCUGCACUCUUAUACUCAAUACUUUGAUUUAUAAAGGCCAAUGUACCAAAAGCUCACUUUACGACCCUAUCUACUUGUGACGCCACUUUUAAGGAAUUUUGUAUUUUCUCCCCGUAACUUUUGACACCCUUACUAAUCAAGAACCUAUCAAUCUCUGCUUUAAAUAUACCCAAUAAAUUGGCCUCCACAGUUGACUGAUAAUAAAUUUCAUAGAUUAACCACCCUCUGGCUAAAGAAAUUCCUCCUCAUCACUGUUCUAAAGGGAGCUCUGAGGCUGUGCCUUCUGGUCCUAGACUCCCCCACUCCUCUCCUAUCUAGGUCUUUCACUAUUUGAUAGGUUUAAAUGAGAUCCCCUCUCAUUCUUCUAAACUUAAGUGAGUGUGGGCUCAGAGCCAGUAAACACUCCUCGUAUGUUAACGCUUUCAUUCCUGGGAUCAUUCUCAAGAACCUCUUCCAAUGCUAGCACAGUCUUUCUUAGGGGCUCAAAUCUGCUCAGGAUACAGUCUGUACAAUUCCUAAUAAAGCCUUGUGUGUUUUC